AUGUGUGCGAACGUUUCGUUCAUCGCCAGGGUCCCGGAACCACCUAGAGAUGGGGACGUUGACUUCUUCAAUGAAUGGAUCCUCUGCGGCCUGUUGCUAUUCAGCACUGUAUUCCUAAUCCACGAGGGGCUGUCGCUUGUACCUCAGUUUCGGAAAGCAAAGCAUCGCUCGUUCGCAAGACGUUCUCUCAUGACAAGGAUUUACCUUCUCACCGAGAUGUUUCUGAAUUUGUUCCAAGCAAUGUACUGUCUCUACAAGCUCUCUACUUACCAGGACGACUACAUUCUGACUCUCACUUUCCAAGUGUUCGCUAGUUUCACAUUUAUUCUGACGGAAUAUUUCUCAUCUGUGCUUACAACCAGCAUGGUUGUGAUCGCAAUAUUAAUCCAGAUAGCUCCUGGAAAACGCAACAAAAAGGCUGUUAGGCAACGUAUACUCACCGUUUUCCAAAUCGUCUCUUGUAUCGUACUUCUCAAGGAGGCUUCCGUCUUUUCUUUCCUCUUCAUGCAUCUCGGUUAUCCAUCAUUGCCAACGCUCAUACUCCAUUAUCACGCUGUUCAACUGCUUCCAUAUUAUAUGGCCUUCCAUGGAGCAGCCUUACCACUUCUUGGGGUGGCUGUUUUUGUCAAGUACUUGCCCGAGAAGGUAUCAUGGAGCAAACUGAAGACUUCCGAGAAAAAGAUUAUCACUCAAGUUCAGAUCCUCGCUGCUGUCAAACUGGCAAUCAUGAUCAACAUCGUCACGUUCACUUAUUACGGAGCUAGUGAUGAAGCUAUGAUGUCUAGUAUUGUGGUCACUGACAUCUUCCUCCUUCCAUGCACGAUUCGGUGCCUGGAAAUUCACACUCAGAUUCGGAAAGCUUUCAAGGUCAAGGCCACAGUUUCAGAUGUUCCGGAGAUGAAGUCGCUGGCCUAA